GCGGGGCGGGGCGGGCGGCGGGAGGGGCGGGCGCCCGCCUUCCUCCCCCAUUCAUUCAGUGGAGCCGGGGGCCGAGGGGCUCGGGCGGCGAGCUCUGCACGGCAGGAGCUCAGGGCGCCCCAGCCAGCGUGCAGGGCCCGGCCGAGGGCGCUUCCUCACUGCCGCCCUCCGCGGGACCCACUGUCCACCAGCCACCAUGUCCGACCCCGCGGUCAACGCGCAGCUGGACGGAAUCAUUUCGGACUUCGAAGCCUUGAAAAGAUCUUUUGAGGUCGAGGAGGUUGAGACACCCAACUCCUCCCCACUCCGGAGGGUCCAGACUCCGCUGCUCCGGUCCUCUGUGGCCAGCUCCACCCAGAAAUUCCAGGACCUGGGCGUGAAGAACCCAGAGGCUGUGCCCCGCCAUGUAGACUCCUUAAGCCAGCGCUCGCCCAAGGCUUCCCUGCGGAGGGUGGAGCUCCCCGGGCCUAAGGUGGCCGAGCCUGUGUCACGGCGCACGGAGCUGUCCAUCGACAUCUCCUCCAAGCAGGUGGAGAGCCCCGGGGGGGCCACCGCUGGGCCAUCACGGUUUGGCCUCAAGAGGGCCGAGGUGCUGGGCCACAAGACACCCGAGCCAGCCCCUCGGAGGACGGAGAUCACCUUUGUGAAGCCCCAGGAGUCAGCUCACCGGAGAGCGGAGCCCCCCACCUCCAAGAUCCCCCCCGAGGUGCCUACUGCCCCCACCACCGACGCAGCCCCCAAGAGGGUGGAGAUCCAGGUGCCCAAGCCAGCUGAGGUGCCCGCUGCCCCCAUCCCAACCCAGACCCUGGAGAAUUCAGAGCCCACCUCCUUGUCUCAGCUGCAGAACCGGCUGGAGCCCAAGGCCCAGCCCCUGGUGGCUGAGGCCCCACCCCGGAGCCUGGAGGCCACUGAGGCAGCUUCCAGCUGCAUUGGCGACAUGGCCGACACCUCCAGAGACGCUGGGCUCAAGCAGAUGCCCGCACCCCGGAACGAGAAGGCCCCUGUGGACUUCGGCUACGUGGGGAUCGACUCCAUCCUGGAGCAGAUGCGCAGGAAGGCCAUGAAGCAGGGCUUCGAGUUCAACAUCAUGGUGGUCGGGCAGAGUGGCUUGGGAAAGUCCACCUUAAUCAACACUCUCUUCAAAUCCAAAAUCAGCCGCAAGUCAGUGCAACCCCCCUCAGAGGAACGGAUCCCUAAGACCAUUGAAAUCAAGUCCAUCACGCACGACAUUGAGGAGAAGGGCGUCCGGAUGAAGCUGACAGUGAUCGACACACCAGGGUUUGGUGACCACAUCAACAAUGAGAACUGCUGGCAGCCCAUCAUGAAGUUCAUCAAUGAACAGUACGAGAAGUACCUGCAGGAGGAGGUCAACAUCAACCGGAAGAAGCGGAUCCCCGACACGCGUGUCCACUGCUGCCUCUACUUCAUCCCCGCCACAGGCCACUCUCUCAGGCCCCUGGACAUUGAAUUCAUGAAGCGUCUGAGCAAGGUAGUCAACAUUGUCCCGGUCAUUGCCAAGGCCGACACGCUGACCCUGGAGGAGAGGGUCUACUUCAAGCAGCGGAUCACAGCGGACUUGCUAUCCAAUGGCAUUGACGUGUACCCCCAGAAAGAAUUUGACGAGGAUUCAGAGGACAGGCUGGUGAAUGAGAAGUUCCGGGAGAUGAUCCCGUUCGCUGUAGUGGGCAGUGACCACGAGUACCAGGUCAACGGCAAGAGGAUCCUGGGGAGGAAGACCAAGUGGGGCACCAUUGAAGUGGAGAACACCAUGCACUGUGAGUUCGCCUACCUGCGCGACCUGCUCAUCAGGACGCACAUGCAGAACAUCAAGGACAUCACCAGCAGCAUCCACUUCGAGGCAUACCGCGUGAAGCGCCUGAACGAGGGCAACAGCGCCAUGUCCAAUGGCACAGAGGACAAGGAGCCGGAAGCCCAGGAGAUGUAGACGCCACCCCACCCCCAGGACCCUGCCCCAGUCCUUCCUGUCCCCCCAGCCUGCCCACCUGCCCCAUUUUAUUUUAUAUAAUUUUCUCCAUUCGUCAUUGUCCUCCGCCCCUUUGACACGCUGCCAGGUAACAGGAUAAGGUGCGACCUCCGGAGUGUGUCUGUCGUUAGCCCACUGGCCGCGGCCUCCUGGGCCUCUGAGGCCUGGGGAGGCUGGACUGUAGCCGGAGGACAGAUGCGAGGACGUGCUGAAUCUACUCAGCCCCUUGUCCCCAUACCCAGAUCCCCAAGGGCCCGGAGAGCAGCCUCCACCUGUGCCAACCCUCCAUACUGGUGGAGUUCUCAGAGCCGGGAGCCUCGGGGUGCAGACCAGGCCCUGUGCGAGCAGAGGGGCCCGGCAGGCUGUACAUGUCCCUCUGUCCCUCUUAGCCACAGACACCGGAGUAUGUCGGGGGCUGUGCCCAGAGGAGGAUGGAGCCAGCUAGGUGGACCUGGACGCCCCUAUAUGUCCUCUAGCUUCAUGGGUGAUCACACAGACCAUGUAACCCAGAGAGCACACGCCCCUACCCUGCUCCCUGGGGAGGCCAGAGAAUUCCACAAACCUCAGUUGCUGAUGGCUUAGACGCGCGAGGCCCUUCGCAGCUGCCCGCCCCUAAGCCCAUCCUGGAGCAGAAAGUGCCUUUAUCUCAGCCGUCCGCAUGAGCCACUUGAGCCAGACACGGCCAGGUUGGAAUGAGGGAGGCAUUUCCACCUCCCGGCCGUCCCACCCUCCCGUCACUACCUCCCACGGGGCUGCAGGGGCUGCCGUGUGCUGGGCUGGGAUAGAGGACAAGGGAAGGAACAAUGAUGCGCCCACCCCUGAUUUUUGGGAAGGUCCAAGCAAGUGAAUCUGGUUCGGGAUCAGAGGGAGGAAGCAGUGGAAGGUGCUGGACAGAAAGCUGGGGGUGGGGCAUGUGGGCUGUGGCUUGGGCUGGUUGGAACAACCUGAGUAGCCCCAUUGCCAGCCCUGCCCCGUGUGCCUGGGGAAGAAAGUGUGUGUGUGUGUGUGUGCGCGCGCGCGCGUGCGUUCCUCUAUCCAGUCUUUGGUCUGGCCCCAGCGCAGGCUAUGGUUCCCUGACACUCAGUCCUUCUCCCUCCCGACUCAGGCCUUGCUGGCCCUAUGACCCAGGGAGGCAGGAGGCCAGGUGAGCCUGGGCCCCUGCACCCCAGAGCCUAAGAUGAGGGGUCAGUGUGCACAGUCCUUAGCCAGGCUGCAGAGAGGGGUUUCAUGCGGCACGGCACGGCCCCCUUACUCUGUCCCCUCAAGGAGACCAGCAGGGGCCAUCCAUGCUGUGCAUAGCUGGCCAGAGUCCCUUCCUGCCCCUGUUGCUCCAGAGGGGAGAGAAGGGCCUGCCGAGAUUGCACAUGUGAAGCCCAGGGCCGGGUGCAGGUGUGGGGUGCCUGUGCAUAUGUGGGUGUCAUCAUGUUGACUGUUUCGUCCCUCCCCCCACCUAAGAGAGGAAGGGCCUCUCACCAAACCCUUCAGCGGGAUGGUUUCCUUGCCAACUUGCCAUGUUUUUGCCAAAACCAAAACUUUGAAGGAAAUGUCCAUCUCCAGUGCCAGGGCCCAGGCCACAGGUGGCGGGUGGCAGCAUCCCAGCCCCGGGCUGGCUUCGCUUUCCUUCUCUGUAACCAGAUUUGGGAAACCCAUUAGCUUCAUCAGGCUCUGUUCCACAAUGGCCUUUUGCUUGGUGCCUCCUGAGAAAAUUGUCUCUUUUUGUAUAAAUAACUAAGUGUUGAAAAUGUAUUUCCUGAAAUAAAUGUUUCAAAUGCAAACCUGGAA